GCCUUUCGGGUGUGAGAAAAAGAGGUUUUGGAACUUGUAGCCCAAACGUCGGCGGCAUUUCAUUUUCAAAUGCAAAAAAGGCAACCAGAAUUUUCAGCCAUUGGUUCAAAAUUCAAACCAGACUUCUCUCUUUACCCUCACUUCUCUUCUUUCUUCUUAUAUUCAUUAUGGACAGCGAUAUGAUACGAUUAUACUUUCGGUACUCCCACGAUCCUGAUCAGAUGGUGUCGCUUGAAGUACCAUCGGAAAUACUAGUGGACGAUAUACGACCGAUUCUCCAUGACAUGGAGGGUCUGGAGUGUUCUAUCAGUCAAGUGAUUAUCUUUAGCCCAGACGGAGAGCAUAUUGACCAUGAUGCAACCGUACAUGAUGUUAUAUCCGAAAUAUACGAUCAUGGAGAUUCCUUACAACUAGAGCCUUUAUUUAUCAAAAUACUGGAUAUCGAUGAAAUGGCUGAUCAUGGGGAUAAUAUGUGGAAGAUCUCCUCUCGAAUCAAUAAACUUCAUAUCAACCCUAACCGACGACCAAACUAUCGCCGGAAGAAAAAGAGCAAGCCCCUUCGUGAGCGAGUCUUACGCAAAACCAUAGCUAACAAGUCCAGUCAAUUUUGACGUGGAACUGAUGAUUCAUGUAACAUAGCAUUCUGUAUUACCACAAAUGAGAAUGAACUCUCAUUAUAUAUUCCACAACCUCAUAUAAGCCAACAAUCCAUUAGAACGUAUUUCUUUUUUCUGAUUUCAAACAUAAAAGUAAAAAAAGAAAAAAAGUCAUGCCAUUGACUUUGGGUAUGAAGUUGGCAGCUGACAGUGACUUUUGCAGCCAUUUUGCUGCCCGAAGCCAAUUCAAACGCCGUAGCUGUGACUCUCAAACCAUGACGUUUUGGUCAGUGAUUGCAAAGGC